AUGGUGUCGCCGCUCGAUCUCGGCGCUGCGCUGAGCAACGACGCGCGGCGGGCGGCGUGGACAACCGCGCUCGGACGCCGCAUCGAGCAUCUCCAACGGCGCAGCCCCCUCAGCUACUUGGACUAUGGCGCCAACGUCUCACGGACGACGCGCCAUGACGUUGCCAAGGACGCACCCAGGAGCGGCCUCGUGGACGGUCCGCGCGACGAAGCGGCGCUGCAGCGCGUUCUUCUGGCCUACGCCGUGCGCAAUGCCACCGUUGGGUACUGUCAGGGCAUGCACGUGCUUGGCGCUAUGCUACUGCGGCAUCUGCAUGACGAAGGCACAGUGUUUUGGGCGCUGGCCAUUGUUGUGGAGGAGCUAUUGCCCGACUACCACACGCCCGACAUGGCGGGUCUCGCCGCUGACCACGCUGUUCUGACGACGCUUCUGCCCACAUUGGUGCCGGUGGUUGCUGCGCAGCUGGCGGCUGCGGGCCUUGAACCGCCGGCGUUUGCGACCAAGUGGUUUGUGACUGCCUUUGCGAAUACACUCCCACUCCGCGUCGCUCAGCGUAUCUGGGAUGCGCUCUUGUUGCGCUUGGCGUCGUCAUCGGCGGACGCUGGCUGCAUCCUACUCGGCACCGCCGCAGCACUCCUAUCGACAAUGACACGGGUCGAUCUUCCGGAGGAUGACGACCCAAUGUCAUUGCUGCAGUGCAUACAAUCCAUACCCGACCAGUACUUGGUGACAGUAGAGGACCAAGACGCCUUUUUGGCUCUCGCAUUUGCCUUUGCCGAGCGCCUUUGCCCUUUCGAGGUGUCGCAAAUGCGAAGCGCCUACGCGCGCGAGGAGGCCGUGCAGGCCGAUGCCAAGCAUCGACUAACUGCGAGUCCGUCGCCGGCAUGGGCCAUCGCUCUCUACGACGCCGCGCCAACAAAGUUGCGUCCGCGCGGUUUUUUGCGGUGGCGAAAAUCGAAAAAGACGCCACUUUUACUCGACUAUGACGUGGCGUUUUCUCCGGGUGCUCUUGGUCUCGUGCUCGCACAAGACAAGGUCGACAGUGCGGUUCGCGUGUAUGGGUAUAACUCGACAACCGCCAUCGGGAAGCAGUGCAGCAUGAUCCAGCCCGGCGACGCCAUCAUGGCAGUCAACGGCGUGGACUGCACGAACCGACCGCUGCUCCAGGUGGUCCACGAGCUCGCAACGCGCACAGAUCGAUAUCGUAUCGUACAGUUCCAGCGCACGAUACAGCGCGUCGUCGCCGCGCGGACGGCGACAUCGCCCCUGUACUCGACCGAAGGGCUCGUGCAUGCAUCGCCCGUGGCGCCGAGAGCUUCGUUUGCCCAGUUCUUUGCGCGGCACCGAAGUCCUCAUAUGGCCUAA